AUGGAUUUUGGCAAUCUGUUGAAAGACAUUAAUAUAGCUUCUUUAAAACUAAAAGAAAAACAUCUUGAUAUUUCUAUAAACAAUCAAGAUGAUUUAGAAACAGUUUUGAAAGUGAUGCCCAAAGGAGAAAAUGGUCUAAAGAAGUUGAAACUAAUUUUAGCAUGUUCUUAG